AUGAAACCAAAUACCUCGGGCUGGCUUAGCAAGCCAUUCUUGACAGCAGUCCUACUUGGCAUAGGCGGGUUUUUGUAUGGAUACGACUCAGGAAUAAUAACUCCCAGCUUGGCACUCAAGUCGUUCUUGGUGUACUUUGGCAACCCCAGUGCUCCUUUGAGAGGGUCCAUUGUUUCUGUGUACCAGGCCGGAGCUUGGCUGGGCAGUGCCUCUGUUGGUAUCACCAGUGACAGAUUUGGCCGUAGGAGGGCCAUUGCUUUCGGCUGUAUAUGGGGUGUCAUUGGCGGGGCGAUAAUGGCUGGCGCUGCCCACGUCGCUAUGCUCAUUAUGGGUCGUCUCCUGGUGGGAUUCGCUGUUGGGACAAUAACCGGCGUAGCUCCCGUGUUCGGGGCAGAAAUUGCAAAGACACACGAGCGAGCCCGAAUCACGGCUGUCAACCAGAUGAUGGCUGCUUGGGGUUUCUUUGUCGCAUUAUGGACUGGAGUGGGUGAGGGAAAGUGGCACAAUUCAAACCAAUGGCGACUUGGGGUUGCGAUACAAAGCCUCCCGGCUCUCCUCCUGGGAUCCGGUGUUCUCUUCGUCGACGAGUCGCCCAGAUGGUUGUGUCUCAAGGGUCGUUACGAAGAGGCCGAGAAAGCGUUUCGCAACUAUCAUUACGACGGGUCUAACGACGAUUGGCCAGAAGUCUUCACGACCGAGUUACGAGCCAAAACGAACGCCAUCGUCCAGGUCAUCCAUUACUCCAUCAGUUUGAUCAUAACUCAGUGCUCUCCUAUUGCGCUUGUUGAUGUGGGCUGGAAGUACUACUGUCCCCAAAUCCUCUUCAUCUUAACCAACGUUCUCUGCGCUGUCAUCUUUGCAAUAUUCUACCCCGAGACUAGAGGUAAAUCGUUGGAGGAAAUUGAUGAGAUCUUUGGAGACGUCAAUGUUGUUCACAAUACCGACUUAGAAGAAAAGGUCGGCGUUCAGGAAGUGGAGUUUCGCCAAAGGAAGUAA